ACACCAUCAAAACAACAACCACCACCAAGCCACUCCAGCCAUGAAGCUCUUGUUUGUCGUUGCAUUCGUCGCCGCCACCCUCUCCGCCGUCUCUGCCCUUCCUGUCGAGGAGCCUACGCCCAUUGCUGCAAACGUCGUGGCAUUCAAUAAGCGCAAGGCAACAAGCACCAAGCUCAAGACCACUUCGACCACCAAGCACAAGACCACUUCGACAUCCAAGCCGCAGCCAACUAGCCCAAGUGGUCAGAUGUUCUCUGGCGACGCCACAUACUUUACUCCAGACACUGGUGCAUGUGGAAAGCCCAACAAGUCGAGCGACCUGAUUGCGGCGCUAAACAAGCCGCAGUACGGAAAUGUCGACAAGAAGAGCCCGGAAUGCGGCAAGUGCGCUUUGGUCAAGGGCCCGCUGGGCCAGGUCAAGGUCCAGAUCGUGGAUGCCUGCCCCGAGUGCAAGCACGGGUCGCUGGAUCUCAGCCCGACGGCUUUUGAGAAGAUCGCAAAGAAGAAGGAUGGCCGGGUCAAGAUCACUUGGUCGUGGGUUGCCUGCUGAUUUU